AACAGUGACAAAUAUCUCCCAAAAAACAUCCUAAGAAAAACCAAACCCUUGUUUCACGCCGUUAACUCCGAUGCCUUUCUCUCUCUUCUUUCUCUCUCCUCCAUCACUCUGUAAUUAACGCGUGGGACCCACAUCCCAUACAAAUCAGAUCUGCUUUCAUCUUAAAAAUUCAAUCUUUGCUUUAAAACAAAAAUAAAAAAUCAAUCUUUCAUUCUUUAGUUGAAAGCCACUAUAAUUGUACUCCACUCCCUUCUCACUUCAGCUCUCCUACUCUUUCUACUUAUAGUUGUAGUAGGCAGGAAACAAAGUUUGGGGAUAAUUUAUUCAAGAAAUAAUUUAUUAAAAAAAAAGAAAUUUAGGGUUUUUAUUUUUUGAUUUGAUAUCUUUUUUUGAUUGAAUUUGAUUGAUUAUAUUGAUUAAAAUUCCCCCAAUUUUUCUGGGUUUUCCACGAUUUUUGAUUUCAUCGCAAUUCUGUGUCGAUCUCUGUUUUUUGAGUAGCAGCAGAGGAAGAAGAAGUCGCCAAUUGGAAUUGUUCUUUUGAUUGAGUCCGCUGUUUCUCUCUCUUGAUGCUUUUGGCGGAAAAUGGCAAACAAAACAUCUGGUGACAGUAGGACGAGGAGUUCUAUAUCUAUAUUUAUCGUAGUUGGUUUAUGUGGUUUCUUUUAUCUAUUGGGAGCAUGGCAGAGAAGUGGGUUUGGGAAGGGAGAUAGCAUUGCUAUGGAGAUUACUAAAAGUGGGGCGGAUUGUGCGGUGCUAUCAAACUUGAAUUUCGAGACUCAUCAUGGUGGAGAAGUUAAGACUGGGGAUUCUAGUAUUGAUACGAAAGUGUUUGAGCCAUGCAAGGCUAAAUACACCGAUUACACUCCAUGCCAAGAUCAAAAGCGUGCGAUGAUGUUCCCAAGAGAUAAUAUGGUUUAUAGAGAAAGGCAUUGUCCCCCCGAGGAAGAGAAAUUGCAUUGUCUCGUACCAGCACCAAAGGGAUAUGUAACUCCAUUUCCAUGGCCUAAGAGCCGUGAUUAUGUACCAUUCGCGAAUGCUCCUUACAAAGCUUUGACUGUGGAGAAGGCUAUUCAAAAUUGGAUCCAAUAUGAAGGAAAUGUCUUCAGGUUCCCAGGUGGUGGGACACAAUUUCCUCAAGGAGCAGAUAAAUAUAUUGAUCAGCUAGCUUCUGUAAUUCCGAUGAAGAAUGGGACAGUGAGGACAGCUCUAGACACUGGAUGUGGGGUUGCAAGUUGGGGAGCAUACCUUUGGAGCAGAAAUGUUAUUGCAAUGUCAUUUGCACCUAGAGAUUCUCAUGAGGCUCAAGUUCAGUUUGCACUUGAAAGGGGAGUACCUGCUGUUAUAGGCGUUCUUGGAACAAUAAAAAUGCCGUAUCCAUCAAAUGCUUUUGAUAUGGCCCAUUGUUCUCGUUGCUUAAUUCCAUGGGGUGGAAAUGCUGGAAUGUAUAUGAUGGAAGUUGAUCGUGUUCUUAGACCAGGUGGCUACUGGGUGCUUUCAGGCCCUCCUAUCAACUAUAAGAAUAACUACAAAGCAUGGCAACGUCCGAAGGAGGAUUUGCAGAAAGAACAAGAUAAUAUUGAAAAGGUGGCUAAACUUCUUUGUUGGGAAAAGAGACACGAGAAGGGUGAAAUAGCUGUCUGGCAAAAGAGUCUUGAUGCCGAUAAAUGUCGCAGUAAACUAGAAGAGUCCCAGGCUACUGUCUGUAAAUCCAAUCCUGAUGAAGUUUGGUACAAGAAAAUGGAGACUUGUAUCACUCCAUUUCCUAAUGAUGGUGCUGGCGAUCGGCUGAAGCCAUUCCCUGAGAGGCUGUAUGCUGUACCUCCCAGGAUAGCUAGUGGAUCUGUUUCUGGAAUAUCAGUUGAUGAUUAUUUGAAGGACAAUAGUCAGUGGAAGAAGCAUGUAAAGGCUUACAAAAGAAUCAAUAGCCUACUUGAUACUGGAAGAUACCGCAACAUAAUGGAUAUGAAUGCUGGGUUAGGAGGUUUUGCUGCUGCAAUCCAUUCUUCCAAAUUGUGGGUUAUGAAUGUCAUGCCGACUAUAGCUGAAAAGAAUACCUUAGGCGUUGUAUAUGAACGAGGACUAGUUGGCAUCUAUCAUGACUGGUGUGAGGGUUUCUCUACAUACCCGAGAACAUAUGACUUGAUUCAUGCCAAUGGCGUUUUCAGUCUAUACAAAAACAAGUGCAACUUGGAAGACAUACUUCUUGAGAUGGACCGUAUACUGCGUCCUGAAGGAGCAGUAAUAAUUCGGGAUGAAGUGGACGUGUUGGUAAAGGUGAAAAAGAUAGUAGCUGGGAUGAGGUGGGACACGAGAUUGGUGGAUCACGAGGAUGGUCCAUUGGUUCCUGAGAAGAUACUGGUUGCAGUUAAGCAGUACUGGACCGUUGAUGGAGGUAAUAGUACAUCCACCCAAUGAUUAUGCCAAAACAAAACUAGUGAGUCCCCAUGCAAUUCCCUCGGCAUCUCAUGAUUCAAAUCGGUUAUGAACAUUCUGAAUUGAAUAUCACAUUUGUGCUACUGGGUGUGUGCACUUCUUUUCAUUGAUUUGCUUCAGCAAAUGUAUUUUUCCAACGCCCUGCUAGAUGCCCUGGUGUGUACGUCUGCUUCGAUUUAUGGUUUACCCUUCUUAGUAAUUACUGUAGUUUCUAAGCAAUAGCUGAUUAUAGUACCGUUUUGUUAGGAGAAAGAAAGUGGUUAAUUAGUUUUGAUUUAUAUGUGUCACAUGUACUCUAUACUCUUCAUUUUUUGUUGAAUCUGUACUAGCAACUUAUUUAUUGUCUUGUCAAAAGAGGGAAAAAAAAAAAAUCUUUCUGAAUUACUGCUGCUCAUUUCUGUUUUAA